CUGAACCGAAAAUAGUGAUGUCGAUUGUGUACAUGGCAUAAAUUCAAUUUCUUUAAUUUUUUACGUAAAAUAUGAUGUGAAUAAGUGAAUUAGCAGGAAAAAAUUGAAUAAUGGCGUUCGUAAGCGCUGUGACCGGCGAUGACUCCACGAAGAAAUUCAUGGAUGUCCUUCAAAACGAUUUCAAGACAUUGAGUUUGGAGACCAAGAAGAAAUAUCCUCAGAUAAGAGAGGCAUGUGAUGAAGCCAUUGAGAAGCUGUCCCUCGCCUCCAACAACCCUCAGGCCUCGUUGUAUGGAGUAGUCAACCAGAUAUUGUACCCUCUUGUCCAAGGAUGUGAGUCUAAGGACCUGAAGAUUAUCAAGUUCUGUCUUGGCACCAUCCAGCGUCUGAUAGCCCAGCAAGGCAUAGAUGCCAAAGGAGCUCGGCAUGUAGUGGACUGCCUUUACAACCUGGGCCAGGCAGGAGUGCUGGAGCUCAAGCUACUGCAAACUGCUGCCCUGUUGAUGACCACGUCAGAUCUGGUGCAUGGAGACACCCUGGCUAGGACAAUGGUCAUGUGUAUCCGUAUGGUAUCGCCGUCGGAGAGCCGUGACGUCAGCACCAGUCAUGCGGCAGCAGCUACUGUGAGGCAGCUGGUGGCGUUGGUGUUCGAGAGGGCAUUGGCUGAGGCUGAGGGUGCUCUAAAAGUGAACCCUGCAGAUGUGAGACCACAGACUAACAACAAGGCACCUAAGGAUCUUAAACCAUGCGCCGUCGAUGCAUAUCUUAUAUUACAGGAUAUAAUCCAGUUAAUAAACGGCGAUGCGGCACAUUGGCUGGUCGGUAUAUCUGACGUUCCGAAGACAUUCGGCUUGGAGUUACUGGAUACGGUGCUCACGGACUUCUCGCCUAUUUUCUUUAAAAUAGCGGAAUUCAGAUUUCUGUUGAAGGAGCACGUGUGUGCCCUCAUCAUCAGGCUGUUCUCACCAAACGUCAAGUACAGGGCAGCGUUCACGGGAGUGCACAUCCCGGGCGCGGGCAGCACGGCGGGUGCUGGUGCAGGCGCCGCCGCCGAGCGGCCGCACUUCCCCGUCACCAUGCGCCUGCUGCGCCUCGUGUCCGUCAUAGUGCACAAGUAUCAUGCUGUGCUGGUGACAGAAUGCGAAAUCUUCCUAUCUCUCACAAUAAAGUUCUUGGACCCAGACAAACCGAUGUGGCAACGGGCGUUAGCUUUAGAAGUACUACACAAAAUGACUAUACAACCAAAUCUAUUAAAAGCGUUCUGCGAAUGCUAUGACAUGAAGCCGCACGCGACGAACAUAUUCCAAGACAUAGUGAACGCUCUCGGCGCCUAUGUGCAGAGUCUGUUCGUCGCUUCUAAUGUUAAUACUGCUGCUGGCUCAUCAGGUAUACCGCAACAGUCAGGAUUCUACUGGAAAGGAGUGUGGCUGCCACUUUGUGUUACCUUCGACCCUGGCACUGCUAAAUCUGUGUACAUAGAGAUGCUGGAUCGAUCAGAAGCACCGACAAUACAGGAUGGGUACGGCAUAUCAGUCGCCUACGCUUGUCUCAUGGAGAUUAUACGGUCUAUAGCCAUCAGUGUCGAGGGAAGCGAGUAUUUUAGGCUACAAGAAAUGUAUGAAGACAUACAGAACGAUACAGAAGAGAGAGAAAUAAACUCUAAUAAGAACGGAAAUAACAAAGUAGAUGUGGACAACAAGACAGACAAAAUAAUAACGAACAACUCUCACAACGGGGAGGCUGAUCAGAACUCCAACGUGGUCAAGAAGAUUGAAGAUGAAGUCGAGGAUAAGGAGUUACAGCUUAGAUUACAGUUGCUGAAAUCGUCAUGGUGUGGUCUUGUAUGGGGUUUGUCAGUAUUAGCUGAAGCAAGUAUAGGUGAACUGGAGAAUAUACUCCGUGCCAUACAGACAUUAGCCAGAGUCAGUGGGAAGGUAGGACACUCAGUAGGUCGCGACGCAUGCGUAAGCGCAUUAUGUCGCUGCGCCCUCCCAGCUCAAUACGUAGUGCCUGCCCUCGGAGCCCUGGGCGCUCUGCCCUGCCCUUGGCGCCGCGAGCCGCCGCCGCCGCCCGACCCGGACUAUAGGCAUCAAGUUGUGUGGGUCGGGACUCCGCUGCCAUCAGCUUCAUUACCUACAGGCCAACAGCAAUCCUUCGUGAUGGUGACCUCUCGUCACGUGACGGCGAUGAAGGCGUUGCUCUGCGCCGCACAACGCGACGGCGACACUAUACAGCAGGCGUGGUUGCCUGUGCUUACUACGUUGCAGCAUCUGGUUUGGAUCCUGGGCCUCAAACCUUCAACCGGCGGCAGUAUGAAGGCGAGCCGCGCAAGCGCAGAUGCCAACGCCGUAAUGAGCACUUCUGCUGUCAUGGCCGAUCUACCUGGGCAGCAAGUUCCCGUGGCCGAGUCACUCGGAGUUAUGAGUGCGCUUUCAGCGAUGUUAUCGCGAGUGUUCGAGUCUUCAAAGAACUUGGAUGAUGUAGCGCUCCAUCAUCUGAUUGAUGCGCUGUGCAAGCUUUCCAAUGAGGCUAUGGAACUAGCUUAUUCUAAUAGGGAACCAUCACUAUUUGCAGUGGCGAAGUUACUCGAAACUGGCUUAGCAAAUAUGCACAGGAUAGAAGUAAUGUGGAGACCUAUUACUAACCAUUUACUUGAGGUUUGCCAACACCCACACAUACGCAUGCGCGAGUGGGGAGUGGAAGCUAUAACAUACCUAGUGCAAGCUGCCUUCCAAUAUCAUCAUGUUAAUCCUGUGUUAGUGACUGAGGCUCGUGAACGCCUUCUCUUGGAGCCACUAUCAGAGCUGUGUGCAGUGCGGCAGUGUGACGUCAGAGCUCGGCAGCUGGAGUGUGCAGCCAGGCUGCUGCACUCCAGGGGAGACCAGCUCGGCGCCGCCUGGCCGCUCAUGAUGGAGAUCAUCUCUGCUAUAUCCUCGCAUCAUAGCGAGCAGCUGAUCCGCUCAGCGUUCCAGUGCGCCCAGGUGGUGGCCGGCGACCUGCUGGGCUGCGCCGGCCCGCGCUGUCUCCGCCAAGUGCUGGCCGCCGCCGCUGCCUUCGCCACGCAGACCAAGGAGCUCAACAUCAGUCUCACUGCUGUGGGGCUCAUGUGGAACAUAUCGGAUUACUUGUACCACAACCGGGACAAAUUAGUAGCAGCUUUAGCGAAUGACACGGCGGUGUGUCCCGAGGUGCCCAACCACGCUGAAUUGCCGCCAUUGGACAAGCUGUGGAUGUGUCUAUAUAUUAGACUUAGCGAACUAUGCACGGAGCCCCGCGCCCCAGUCCGUCGUGCCGCCAGCCAGACGUUAUUCAGCUGCAUCGGUGCCCACGGCACUCUGCUCAGCAAGCCCGCCUGGCGAGCACUGCUGGCUGUACUCUUCCCUAUGUUGGAGCAGGUCCAAAAACAGUCGAACAUAGCGAGUUCGGAGAAGGUGGAUACGGGAGAACAUAUCCUCAUACAUCACACUAGAAAUACUGCGCAGAAACAGUGGGCAGAAACACAGGUGCUAACACUAUCAGGCGUGUCCCGGGUGUUCCACUCGCGGUUCCAGCUGCUCACCACGGUGGGAGACUUCAACCGAUCCUGGACAGCACUGCUUGAUUAUAUCACUGACUUCGCUUUGCGCAGGAGUCAUGAGGUAUCAGUAGGAGCAUUGAAGUCAUUCCAAGAAGUGGUGUCAGCAGCAGGGCGGGCUACCGAGGUGGAGGCCUCUCUACAGAGGCGCGUGUGGGCGGCUGCCUGGGCAGCAUGGACUAAUAUAGCCUCUGCAUCACCUUCCGACCCUCCUCCAUCAGAAGAUGGCAAGCCAGUGGAAGUGUACGCGCCGUCUCUGAACUUCCUUACCACGCUUGUACAGAUCUUCCCUCUCAUCUUUCAACAUAUACGACCCACGUUCACGGCAGCGGACGUGACAAAGCUAGGCUCGUGCUUAUCCCACGUGUGCAGCACGGAGCCGUCGGCCGCGGCCACGGCGCUCGACUCGCUGACGGCCGCCGCGCCCGUCAGCCUGCAUGCGCUGCACUGCCUCGAUAUUGUGCAUAAGGAAGCCCUCCAACGCCACGAGCUGUUACCAGCACUGUUCUCAGCAUUAACAUCGUUGGCGUCGGCUUGCGGCAGCCGCGCGGGCGCCGCGCCGCGCUGUCUAGCGGCGGCUACUGCGCUGUACCGAGCCGCGCCUGAAGCUGCGAAGCUUGUGUUACCUGAUUUGUUGGUUGCGUUACAUACGUCAGUGCAGAAAUACGGUCAGGACAAGCGACGGAAGACUGCUGAGCAAAUGGAGGAAACUGCACAGAUCUCAUCGCUUUUGCUACAGGUAUUAGAAACCGGUCUUCCACUAGCCAGAGAAGAACCAGAGGUAUAUAAAGAAUUUUGGGAGACCCUACCCAAAGUGCUCGAGACAUUCCUAUUUGAACCACCCGUGGGCGGCGGCCGAGCAGCCCGAGCCCUGGUGCUGGCGGUGCGGACGCAGGCGCUGCGGGCGCGGCCGCGGCUGCCGGCGGCGCAGCUGCGGCCGCUGCUGGCGCUGGUCCGCGCCGGCUCCUUGCACACGCAGCCGCCCACUCCUAUACAAAAUGAGCAAGAAUUAAAGGAGAGGGAAGAGUUCGCUCGCACGUGCUUCGAGACGCUACUGCAGUACUCCAUGCUUGAGGACAUCGACUCCUUCGCGGGCGUUGAGAAUGACACAGACCCCCUAGCGAUAGUAGCGUUACUAGACAGGUUUCAGGAGGUCAUCUCCAAAUAUACACAGGACGAAGAUAAUACGGAACCACUACCUAGGCAACAGGUUUCGGAAAUCUCGUUCGUGCUGAAGGCGGUGGCCACGCUCACAGAGAGCAUGCGCAAAGCGCCGCCCGGGAAGGUCGACGCUGCUGCCUGGCAGAAACUUAUAGCGCUAUAUCCGUACUUAGUACGCCUAGCAGGCAGCGCGCUGUCGAGCGGUGCGGGCGCAGGCGCCGGCGCAGCGCUGCGCGAGGCGCUGCUACAGUUCGGCGCGCUGCUCGCCGCGCCGCUAUAGCGACGCCUCACAUACACCAUACACAUAUAGGUAACAUGUCUAGCGGGGCGGGCGCAGCGCUGCGCGAGGCGCUGCUACAGUUCGGCGCGCUGCUCGCCGCGCCGCUAUAGCGACGCCUCACAUACACCAUACACAUAUAGGUAACAUGUCUAGCGGGGCGGGCGCAGCGCUGCGCGAGGCGCUGCUACAGUUCGGCGCGCUGCUCGCCGCGCCGCUAUAGCGACGCCUCACAUACACCAUACACAUAUAGGUAACAUGUCUAGCGGGGCGGGCGCAGCGCUGCGCGAGGCGCUGCUACAGUUCGGCGCGCUGCUCGCCGCGCCGCUAUAGCGACGCCUCACAUACACCAUACACAUAUAGGUAACAUGUCUAGCGGGGCGGGCGCAGCGCUGCGCGAGGCGCUGCUACAGUUCGGCGCGCUGCUCGCCGCGCCGCUAUAGCGACGCCUCACAUACACCAUACACAUAUAGGUAACAUGUCUAGCGGGGCGGGCGCAGCGCUGCGCGAGGCGCUGCUACAGUUCGGCGCGCUGCUCGCCGCGCCGCUAUAGCGACGCCUCACAUACACCAUACACAUAUAGGUAACAUGUCUAGCGGGGCGGGCGCAGCGCUGCGCGAGGCGCUGCUACAGUUCGGCGCGCUGCUCGCCGCGCCGCUAUAGCGACGCCUCACAUACACCAUACACAUAUAGGUGGCGUCAAAACUCAUAGAAGUUGCCGCGGCGCGGCCAUAGAGGGCGCUGAACCGAUAAUUAUGACUAGGUAUAUAACAUGAAUUAAUAUAUAAUGUACUAGAACUGUCUGUUAAGUUAUUAUUAGCUAGAGUAAAAUAUUAUAGAUAGAAAUAUACAUUGAGUCUUGAUUUUACACAUUGUUUAAUCUAAAACUUGGUUAAACUCUUAGGAAAAAAUAAUUUGGUAAAGAUCUCCAAAACUACCAAAAAUAAUCUAAAACAAUUAAAAACUUAAGCAAUGUGUAACAUUUAGGCUCUAAAGAAUUAAUUUUAUUAAUAAAGAGACAACCAUAUUAAUUUAAUGUUUUAUUUUCUUAUUGGUUUACUACAAAAUGGUCUAUGUUUGUUAUACAUGCACAGACAUGACAUAAUAGUUACUUUGCUUAUCUGAAGUUGGCUAAUAGGAACUUCAUGGUAGUCAAAAUGUGUGAACAAAACACUGCCGCGCAUGCGCCAGGCAUCAAAUGGCUAACUUCAGUGAAGCAAAGUUAUUUUGACUUGAACUGUAACAUAACAAUGACAAACUAUGGAAAGAAUAUAACAAAGUAAAAACUAUUGCUUGAAGAGUACGCAAAGUAAACCUGACACUCAAUUCAAUCCUCAAUUUAUUUGUCUGUAUAAUAAGACCAACAUGGCCCUUUGUAUAAAGAACUACUUACAAAAGCAUUCCUAUUUACAAUCGGUUAACUUAUAGAAGUUUUUAUAUUUUGUAUAUAUUGAAGUAUAUAUUCUACUAUGUAUUGUUGGCAAUUAACGAAAAUAUCGCUCGAAAUACAGCAAUUUUACACAGUAAGCAACAAGCUAUUCUAUUACAUUAUAAAUUAUUAUCUUAGAAUGAAUAAUAAGAAGUGAUAGUGACAUCUUUGAAUACUUAUUAUUUAUUCUAAGAUAUUUUUCAAGCAGCUAAAAAGGGCACCUGCUUUUAAAAUAAAUAACUAAAUAAGAUAAAUACGACAAAUAAAGCUAGCUAUAAACAAAAGAGUGAAGCCAUAGAUAAGGAUUGUAGCGGAUUUUUGUAAUUAUUACACGUUUAUGCGAGGCUUAAAAUUAUGGCAGAAAUAGUUCUAAACAGCUUUGCUCAAAUAGAUAGGAUUGAAGCUUGAUUUUAUAUAAAUAAAAUACAAACUUAAACUUUCCAACUAAA